CCCCCUCUCUCGCUCUCUAACAGAGAGCUUGAUCCUGGUUGAUUGCUACUUGCAAAAGACGAUUUGUAGAGAGGGUUUCUUUUGGUAUUACGGUUUCAUUUUGUGAGAGCAUUAUCAGAAGUUGACCUUUUGUUGUAGCAAUGGCGGUCUCUGCCUCAGCUGCAGUUUCAACUUCUCUUUCAUCUCACUUAGUUUCCAAGGAAGUGAAAUCGCCUCUAUUUGUGUCUCAGUCAGAGCAAUUUAGAUUUCCCCAAAUUGAUUUAAGGCAUAAAUUGAAGCCAUUCUCUGCCGAGGCGAGGUCGAGAAGAAGAGAUGCUUUCCUUCUCUCUGCUGCGACCCUAACACCGACUGUGGUGGAGAAAGAUGAGGAAGACAAGGAGGAUUAUGAGAAGUUGGCCCAAGAGCUGAAGAAUGCUUCUCCUCUUGAAAUCAUGGACAGGGCUCUUGCCAGAUUUGGCAAUGACAUUGCAAUUGCUUUCAGUGGAGCUGAGGAUGUCGCUCUGAUCGAAUACGCGAAACUCACAGGCCGGCCCUUCCGAGUCUUCAGCCUUGACACUGGUAGGCUGAACCCAGAGACGUAUAGAUUCUUCGAUACUGUGGAGAAGCACUAUGGCAUCCAUAUCGAGUACAUGUUCCCGGAUGCAGUGGAGGUGCAGGCCCUGGUGCGCACAAAGGGCCUCUUCUCAUUCUACGAGGAUGGCCACCAGGAGUGCUGCAGGGUCAGGAAAGUCCGGCCCCUGAGGCGUGCUCUCAAGGGCUUCAAGGCCUGGAUCACAGGCCAGAGGAAGGAUCAGUCCCCUGGAACCCGUGCUCACAUCCCUGUUGUUCAGGUGGAUCCAUCGUUUGAAGGGAUUGAUGGAGGAGCUGGGAGCUUGAUUAAAUGGAAUCCGGUGGCCAGCAUGGAGGGGAAGGACAUAUGGAACUUCCUUCGCACCAUGAAUGUCCCUGUAAACACUCUGCAUUCUCAGGGUUACGUAUCGAUUGGGUGUGAACCUUGCACGAGGCCUGUGUUGCCUGGUCAGCACGAGAGAGAAGGGCGAUGGUGGUGGGAGGAUGCUACUGCCAAGGAGUGUGGCCUUCACAAAGGCAACAUUGAGCAGGCAUCUGAAGAUAGCCGUAAUAAACUCUCUACAAAUGGAGUGGCUGAUGCGGAUGACAUUUUCAAAGGACAGAGUGUGUUGAGCUUGAGCAGAACAGGGGUGGAGAAUUUGGCUAAACUACAGAGCAGGAAGGAGCCAUGGCUGGUUGUCCUCUAUGCUCCGUGGUGCCGCUUCUGCCAGGCCAUGGAACCUGCGUAUAUGGAGCUGGCGGAGAAACUUGAAGGAUCCGGUGUGAAAGUGGCGAAGUUCAGGGCUGAUGGGGAACAGAAGCUAUUUGCUGAGAGAGAAUUACAGUUGGGAAGCUUUCCUACCAUCCUUUUCUUCCCUAAACACUCCUCCAAACCCAUCAAAUAUGCUUCUGAGAAGCGCGAUGUUGAUUCUUUGCUCUCCUUUGUCAAAGCGCUCCAGUAAAAUGAAUGUGAAGGCUGCCCAAAAAGAUUGUGUAUAAAUGAAUUGAGGGUUAGCUUCGGUUAACUCUGAGAUAUACAUAGGAGGCCUAUUGUGUUUUAGUGAUUUUAAGGAGCAAGCAAAAGCUUGCUUAAAACAUUUGGGCCGAAGCUCUACUGCUAUCUUGUUGUCUACUGCCAUUGUUAUUUCCCAAUUUUGUUUGACUUCAAUUUUCUAUGGGAGAAGAAAAUAGUUUACAUGUUUAUUUAAUCCUGGGCGUUGUUCCUUUUAUAGGAUUGACGCCUGGGAUUUUUUUCCCCCUUCAUUUCUGUGUUAUUUGAAGUUUGAACUAAGGGAUUAUAUGCAGUCCAAAAUC